AUGUGUCGGGCCGAGCCGCCACUGUUGGCCUUUAUGGCAUUUUCCUUUCUGAUUUCUCUGACUGAUGGCGCUCCACUAGAGGUGAUGUCUGCGCCCAACUUGCUGCGAGUGGGAUCGCCAGAAAACAUCUUUGUAGAAAUUCAAGAUUACACUCUUGAAAACGAAGUUAACGUUGAAAUCGUCGUGAUGAACCAUCCAACCAAAACCAGAAGGCUGAAAUCCACGUCCGUGACCUUGAAUAAAGAAAACAAGUUCCAGGCUUUUGGAAAACUUACGAUCCCAGCUGCAGACUUCAAUAAGGAUCCCAAAGUAAAGCAGUAUGUUUACCUGCUGGCGAAAUUCCCUGACCGGGAGCUGGAGAAGGUCGUGUUAGUCUCCUUUCAGUCUGGCUACAUCUUCAUCCAGACGGACAAGACCAUCUAUAAUCCAAGUACCACUGUCCUUUACAGGCUGUUUGCAGUGAGGCCCGGCAUGGAGCCUGUAGAGGAGGAAGAUGAUACUGACACUUUGGUCACCAUUGACAUUAUGACCCCUGACAACAUCAUCGUACAAUCCGAUCUUAUCUUGCUGACAACAGGGCUCUACUCUGGAGCUUAUCCUCUUGCUGAAAUUGUCAGUACUGGAAUGUGGAAGGUGGUGGCCAAAUUCCAAAGCAACUUACAGGAGAGCUUUGUUGCAGAGUUCGAAGUCAAAGAAUAUGUGCUUCCCAGUUUUGAGGUAAAACUGAUAUCUGCAAUUCCCUUCUUCUACGUGGACAGCAAAGAGCUCGACAUCAAUAUCAACGCUGUGUACCUGUUUGGUGAAGAGGUGGAUGGAACAGCCUAUGUAGUGUUUGGGGUUAUGUAUAAGGGUCAGAAAAAGAGCCUUCCAAGCUCUCUUCAGAGAGUCAAGAUUGUCAGAAGUAAAGGAGUCGCCAAACUGAGGAGGGAGCACAUAACACAAACCUUUCAAAACAUCCUUGAUCUUGAAGGAGGCUCCAUAUAUGUGUCUGUCAGUGUGCUGACGCAGAGUGGCAGUGAAAUGGUGGAGGCAGAGUUGAGAGGUAUCCAGAUUGUCAAAUCGCCCUACACCAUCCACUUCAAGAAAACACGACAAUAUUACAGACCAGGAAUAUCGUUUGACGUGGCGAUUCAAGUUGUGAAUCCUGAUGACUCUCCAGCAAAAGGUGUUAAAGUGGUGCUGCAGCCUGGUGAGGUGGAGGGCGUCACUGCAGGCAAUGGCAUGGCAAGGCUUUCCAUCAAUACAGAGGAAAUCUUCAAACCCCUGUUCAUUGAAGCAAAGACCGAUGUUCCUGGUAUGUCACUUGAAAGACAAGCAUCAGCCCACAUGACUGCUAUCCCGUUUACCAGCAGAAGCAACAAUUACAUCCACAUAGGUGUCGACACAGCUGAGGUGAAAUUGGGAGAAAACCUGAAAAUCAACCUUAACCUCAACAGACAGCAAAGUGAAAAAAAUGACAUCACGUACCUGAUUUUGAGCAGAGGUCAGCUGGUUAAACAUGGCCGCUUCCAGAUGAAACGUCAAAUACUUGUUUCCCUGCCCCUUACCAUUACCAAAGAAAUGCUGCCAUCAUUCCGCAUCGUAGCCUACUACCAUCCAGAUUCUGGGGAAGUGGUAUCAGACUCUGUUUGGGUGGAUGUGGAAGACUCCUGCAUGGGAUCGCUGAAGUUGGAACAAUCGAAAGUGGAGAAUUCCUACAAGCCUCGCGACAAGUUUGGUCUGAAGAUCACAGGAGAUCCAGGGUCCACGGUGGGAGUGGUGGCAGUCGAUAAAGGCAUCUACGUCCUCAACAACAAGCACCGCCUGACACAGAAAAAGAUUUGGGACGUCGUGGAGAAGUACGACACUGGCUGCACACCGGGUGGAGGGAAGGACAGCAUGAACGUCUUCUUCGAUGCUGGACUGAUGUUUGAGACCAACACUGCUUCUGGGACGCCCUACAGAACACAUGUUAGUUGCAACGCCACCAGAAGCACCUUCAGCAGGAGGAAACGAGCCACCACUAUAAUGGAAGUCAGAACCUCCUUGGCAAGUCAAUAUGAGGACAAAGAAGAACGUGAGUGCUGUUUGGACGGCAUGAAAGAUGUUCCUGUUUCAUACAGCUGCGAGAGGCGCAGCGAGUACAUCCUGGAUGGUCUAGGCUGCAUCAAGGCCUUCCUGAACUGCUGCAGGGAGAUGGAAAGACAGCAGAAUGAGAGGAGAGAGGACGCCCUGCACCUGGCUCGAACUGAGGUGGAUGACGAUUACACGGACAGCAGCGAAAUUACCACUCGUACCACUUUCCCUGAAAGUUGGUUUUGGUAUGAAUACAAACUGGCUGAGUGCCAGAAAGGCACACCUCACUGUGACCCCGUAUCUAUAGAGCGAAAUGCUUCUUUGCCAGACUCAAUCACAACCUGGCAGUUCACCGGCAUCAGUAUGUCAAGAACCCACGGUAUCUGCGUGGCUGAGCCAUUAGAAAUCACUGUCCGGAAGAAAUUCUUCAUUGAUCUCAGACUGCCGUACUCUGCUGUCCGUGGAGAGCAACUGGAAAUUAAGGCAGUCCUCCACAAUUACAGCCCUGAGCAAAUCACCGUGCGCGUGGAUCUGAAGGAAGAGACCAAUUUGUGCAGUGCGGCUUAUAAGCGUGGGAAGUUUCGUCAGGAGGUCCAAGUUGGACCCCAAACCACACGAGCUGUACCAUUCAUCAUAAUCCCCAUGAGGAAUGGAAAAUUCCCUAUUGAGGUCAAAGCAGCAGUUAAAGAGUCAUACCUCAAUGAUGGAAUCAGAAAGAUGCUUCUGGUGGUGUCUGAGGGCGUACUGAUAAGAUCCUCCAGAAAUGUACCCCUUGACCCUGCAAAUAAAGGUGUAGGCGGUAAACAGGAAGAAACUAUCAACAGUGAAAUUCCUACAAUGGAUUUGGUUCCAGGCACACCCAUGAGCACAUUAAUUUCUCUAACAGGAAGAGAACAUAUGAAUGAUCUGUUUGAUAACGCCAUCAGUGGGAACUCUAUGGGUACUCUGAUCAGACAGCCUUACGGCUGUGGAGAGCAGAACAUGAUCCGUAUGACCCUCCCCGUCAUCGCAACCGUGUUUUUGGACAAAACCAACCAGUGGGAAACUGUCGGCUUUAGGAGACGGAAUGAUGCCCUCCAACACAUAAAAACAGGCUACACGACUCAGCUUACAUUCCGUAAAAACGAUGGGUCUUUCACUGUGCAUCAUGCUUACCAAAGCAGCACCUGGCUGACAGCCUAUGUUACCAAGGUGUUCUCCAUGGCCUAUAAUCUGGAGGCAACGCAAAGCAGCGUGAUAUGUGACGCCAUCAAGUAUCUCAUUCUCAAAGCAAAGCAACCCGAUGGCAUGUUUGUAGAACUCGGAUACGUGUACAGUCGAGGAAUGAUUGGUGAUGUGCAGGGUUCAGACUCAGACGCCUCCAUGACAGCCUUCUGCCUCAUCGCCAUGCAGGAGUCACGCACAAUAUGUUCUUCCACUGUUGGCAGUUUGCCGAGGAGUAUUGACGAAGCAGUCUCCUACCUGGAGAAGCGACUGCCCAGCAUCACCAACCCUUAUGCCGUUGCCAUGACGUCAUAUGCGCUGGCCACUGAAAAAAAACUGAACAAGGCAGUCCUCUACCAGUUUGCCUCCUCAGACCAAUCCCACUGGCCUGUACCUAAGGAUCAUAUUUUCACAUUGGAAGCCACAGCUUAUGCUCUUCUGGCUCUCGUAAAGGUUGAGGCCUUUCAAGAAGCCAAACCGAUUGUGCGAUGGCUCAGCCAACAGCAGAAGGUGGGCGGAGGAUAUGGAUCAACUCAGGCUACUAUAAUGGUGUACCAGGCUGUAUCAGAGUACUGGGCCACUGCUUAAGAGCCAGAGUACGAUCUGGAUGUGGACAUUUUGCUCCCAGGCAAGUCACUGAUUGACAAGUACAACAUCAACACAGAAAACCACUAUUCCACUAGAACAGCUAAGUUCAACGGUAUAAACAAGGAUAUAAAAGUGACCGCUACGGGAACAGGAGAAGCAAUGUUUAGGAUGGUGUCGCUGUAUUAUGCCCUGCCAAAGGAAAAGGAGAGCGACUGUGAGAUGUUCGACUUGAAUGUGCAGCUCGUUCCAGUGAAAAUGAGUGAGGAUGAGAGGAUAUACAAGCUAACAAUAGAAGUUAUGUUUAAGAACAAGCAGCGCAAUACAACCAUGUCGAUCCUGGACAUCGGUUUGCCAACCGGCUUUACUUUCAACAAAGACGACCGGAAGAGCUUGGCUGAAGGACGAGCCCGCACCAUUGCAAAAUAUGAGAUGGACAAAGUUCUGUCCGAAAGAGGCUCGCUCAUCAUCUUCCUGAACAAGAUUUCUAACAUACGGUCAGAGGAGAUCUCUUUCAGGAUCCAUCAGGAGAUGAAAGUGGGCGUCUUGCAACCAGCUGCCGUGUCGGUCUAUGAAUACAAUGACAAGAAACAUUGUGUGAAGUUCUACCACCCUGAGAGGAGACAUGGAGAGUUACUGAAGCUCUGUAAGGGUACAGAAUGCACAUGUGCCGAAGAAAACUGCAGUAUGCAGCGAAAGGAACAAAUCAGCAACGACGACCGUUCUGCAAAGGCUUGUGAAAUCACAGACGCCGGGAAAAUAGAUUUUGUUUACAAAGUAGGAGUGGAAAACUUUAAAGACGGUUUGACCACUGACAUCUACGGAGUGCGUGUGCUGGAAGUCAUUAAGGAAGGGAGUACUGAUGUGGGUGCACAAAAUCAACUGCGCACAUUUCUCAGUUAUCAGCACUGCAGAGAGGCUCUGGAUCUGAAAACAAAUAACACCUACCUUAUAAUGGGCACCUCCAAAGAUAUUCACGCAACCAGCGUCACAGCAUCAGGCGGCCAGCAAAACUCAUUCCAGUAUGUGCUUGGUGAGAGAACCUGGAUCGAGUACUGGCCCACUGUUGCGGAGUGCCAGACCCAAGAAUACCGACCCACCUGUUUAGGCAUAGAGGAAAUGGUCGAGGUGUACACAGUGUUUGGAUGUCCGCAGAAGUGAAACAAAAUAAAAUGCCUUGACUGUUUUUUUAUUUUACAUUUUUCCUAUUAUGUAAAUCACUGAUUGCAUACUGAGAUGGGAUGCAGAAGUCCUAAUAUUAUAAUACAUUCUGCUGAAUUUAA